AUGCAACAAAUGGAAAUUGACGGUGAUACCCACUCUCUGACUGAUCAACCGACCAAGUUGACGGGGAUAGAUUUCUCGUUAGGUUGCAUCAAGCAAAAAGCCUCCAAGGCGGAGGUACAGCAUACAAUGAACGUUGCAAUUGGGUAUACUCGAUGGUACGGUGGGCGCAAGGAUUUGAUGUGGAUUAAUCUCCUAGCGGCGCGAAAUAAGUUUGUGGAGUAUCAUAUACAAACGGAGCUGUCUAUAACACAGUAUAAGCAGCUCGAGCUUAGCGAGAAACAAGACCAAGUACAGCAACUUUGCAAGCUGUUCAUCAAAGAGUUCCUCCAGCAUACUAGAGAUAAUAGCUGGAUGCAGGAGGCGGUGGGAGAAGAUUUCAGCUGGGUGCAUAUCAAGGGAAUGAGCGACUGGCAUAGUAUUGCAUCCGGCGUGGCGGCGAUGGUUAGCAACUGCAUACAAGUUAGUGGAAUCAGCACAACCAAGUAAGUUGAGACAUUCAAGGAUAAUAUGAUAUGAUAUUUGAUUAACAAAUGGUGACUUUCAUAGCUUGCAUGCACCUCGCCGUCUCUGUCCCCAGGGCCCAGUUUAA